AUGGAUGAUUAUGACUAUAAUGAAGCCAAUACAGAUAACUAUGACUAUAACGAAGAUAAUACAAUAAGUUUUGAUGAUUCCGCUUCUGCAAUUGUUAGAUCAGAUAUAUCAGAAUCAAUUGUUACUAAUCCAACUAGUUUGCAAAAAUAUAUAUCUCCUGUCUGGAAACAUUAUUCUUUAAUGACAAAUGAACAAAAAGCUAUAUCAUGUAGAAGAUAUCAAGCAUCUAAUGGCGAUUCAUCAAAUUUACCAAAUCUAUCAGAUAGUCAAAUGCAAUUAGAUUUUAGUACAUUCAUUACACGACCAUCAAAGACUAUGUCUGCUGAUACAGUAAAACGAGAUGUUAUGAAAGCCUAUGAUAAAAGAAAGGCUUUUAUUAAAAAAGAACUUCAAAAUGUAAAUAGUAAAAUCUCUUUAACCUGUGAUAUUUGGACCUUGGUUCAGCAACUCGGAUAUUUGGCGGUUAUGGUACAUUUUAUUAAUAAAACCCGAAAUCUUGUUUUUGUUUUACUAUUAUUUAAACUGAUUCUGUUUCCUCAUUUUGGGGUUAAUAUUGCUAAUUGUAUUAAAGUUAAAACGGAUGAACAUUUAAUUACUAAUAAGCUACAAACUAUUACUCUUGAUAAUGCAGGCUUGAAUAAUGUUGCAAUUCAUGAAUUAGUUGAUUAUAUCUCUCAAGAUUCGCUUAUUAAUAUUAAUGAAGAACUUUUUCAUAACCGCUGUUUUGCUCAUAUUUUAAACCUUAUUGUAAAAGAUGCAAUACACUCAACUCCAAAGCGACAUCAAGCAUAUUUAGAUAUCUGUGAAUAUAAGUCUGAAAAUCUUAUUAUUCCAUCAUUAGAUUGUGAUACCCGUUGGAAUUCUACCUUCACAAUGUUACAAUUAGCAAUAAAAAUGAAGAAUAUGAUUAUUCGAAUGGGAGAUCGUGAUCGAACUUUUUCUGAUUUACCUGAAGAAAACGAAUAG